GCGCGUUCAAGUUCAUUCGAGGAAGUGGUUGGGACGGGCAGAUUCUGAAGCGACAGAGAAGAGUUUGUUGUUUACUUUUUCCCAGAGGAUAAACGCCUCGUCGUUCUUCCAAAAUGUCGGAGUUUGACGUCAACCCCUUCGCGGAACCCAGCAACAUUAACCCAUUCAAUGAUCCUUCAGUCACUCAGGUGACAAACUCCAGCAUUGAACCGGUCGACCAGUACAACCCCUUCCCCCCGUCCGAUGACUUUGCCGGCGCCCAGACCACCCCGGCCUCCACCUCCCCCUACCAGCCGGCCGUGUUGCAGCCGUCCACAGAACCCAGUCCACAGGCGUCCGCCACCGCAGCUCAGGCCAACCUGCUGAGGCAGCAGGAGGAGCUGGAGAGGAAAGCAGCCGAACUGGACCGCAGGGAGCAGGAGCUGCAGAACCGGGCCCCCACAGGUAAAGAGAACAACUGGCCUCCGCUUCCCAAGUUCUUCCCCAUCACACCUUGUUUCUAUCAGGACUUCUCAGAGGAAAUCCCUGCCGAGUAUCAGAGAGUCUGCAAAAUGAUGUACUACCUCUGGAUGUUCAACUGUGUGACUCUGUUCCUCAACCUGCUGGCGUGUCUGGCUUACUUCAUCGAUGACCCGAAUCAUGGCAUGGACUUCGGCUUCUCCAUCCUCUGGCUCGUUCUCUUCACGCCCUGCUCCUUCAUCUGCUGGUACCGGCCAGUCUACAAGGCCUUCAGGAGCGACAGCUCCUUCAACUUCUUCUUCUUCUUCUUUGUGUUUUUCUGCCAUGUGAUCAUCGUCAUCAUCCAGGCUGUGGGCAUCCCCUACUGGGGAAACAGCGGGUGGAUUUCUGCCUUCACUGAAAUCGGCAACGGUAAAAAGGCGGUGGGAGGCAUCAUGAUCAUCGUGGCCUGCCUCUUCACGAUCGGGGCCGUGAUGUCCGUCGUCCUGCUGAAGAUGGUCCACAGCCUGUACCGCCGCACCGGGGCCAGUUUCCAGAAGGCCCAGCAGGAGUUCUCCCAGGGCGUGGUCACCAGCAAGGGCUUCCAGACGGCAGCCACCGGAGCAGCGUCCGCUGCCGCCCGCGGAACCUUCCAGGGAAACAACUAAAAGGCCGAUUGAGCCUCAAAUCAACGCUCACCGUAUUUUCUGGUUUCUACGUCUGCAGCCGAGUGACGACGUCCAGCUGUGUGUGGGUGUGUGUGCGGGCGAGAAGAGCAGCUGAGGGGAAAGUCACUCAUCAAAUGAAAACUAGAAAGGAAGACACAAAAGAAGAUUAACAAUGUCCAUUUCAGCAUGUCUCUGCUUUGUAUAUGUUGUUUCAAUGCCUUUUCUUGACAAUGCUCUUAUGUGUGUGCGUGUGUGUGAGUCAGGCCGGUUCCGUGUGGGAGCAGGGUGAAUAUAACUGAGAUGAAGUGUUUUGUCUUGUCAUUGAUCUGACUUGUGUUUUGUCUCAGAAUCUGCAGAAUUAUGGAAAACAAGUCGUGUUUUGUUGUAUUUGCUUCAACAUGGACAUUACUGUACAUAUUGAUUUUGAAUCAGUCGGCAAACUUGCUCUGCUCUGUGGGGGUUUUACAUGAAUGUAACUUGGCAACAGAAAGCAGAGUUGCCAGAGCCUUGACGUAGUUUCAGACUCUAAUGCGAUUUAUUUUUUUUAACUUUAGGAUUGAUUUUUCCGAUUAUGUUUGUUAAUUUUUAAGCAUCAUUUCACCAUUUUUUGAAGCAACUUUGGCUGGAUUAUAGAAAAGUAUGAAAUAUUCCCAGUUGCACUGACAGCAGCUCAUACAGUCCGCUGUACAUUUCUCACAUUUCCUAGAUUAAAAAGCAUGUGUGUGUGUGUUAUUUAAUGUAGUGUUUAAAAACCUCAAUUGAGAUGUAACUUUUGUACGUAUUUUUUUUUUCUAAAUAUUUGCAGAUUUCUAAUUGUUUUUUUCUUCCACUAAACAAGUGGCUGAUACAAGAUUUGAUUUUUCGUCAUUUUGUUCGACAUGGAUGAAUUGUUCUGGGAAAACACAACUCGGUCCCUUUUGUAUUUCAAUAGUAAAUAUUGUCUCUAAUAAAAAUGCUUUGCUCUCAUGUAAAA